AUGUCAACCGAGGAGAGUCAAUUCAAUGUUCAAGGUUACAAUAUUAUCACAAUCUUGAAAAGAUUAGAGGCAGCAACGUCUCGUCUUGAGGACAUUACCAUUUUCCAAGAGGAAGCAAACAAAAACCACUAUGGAGUUGAUUCUCUCACUGAAAAGGGAACCCCCAAAAGCAGAACUGUUGAAUCGUCAGAAGCAACUUCCGAUGGUAAAUCACUCGAAUCUACAUCAUUUGCCACUUUUUCUGAAGCUCCUGUAGAAAAAUCCAAAUUGAUUGUGGAAUUUGAGAACUUUGUUGAAAGCUACGUUCAUCCACUUGUUGAAACAUCCAAAAAGAUCGAUUCCUUGGUGGGGGAGUCCGCCCAAUAUUUUUAUGAGGCAUUUGUCGAACAAGGGAAAUUUUUGGAGCUUGUAUUGCAAUCCCAACAACCAGAUAUGACUGAUCCAGCUUUGGCAAAGGCAUUAGAACCAAUGAAUGCUAAAUGCACCAAAAUUAACGAAUUAAAAGAUUCCAAUCGUAAAUCUCCAUUCUUCAAUCAUUUAAGCACUUUCAGUGAAAGUAAUGCCGUUUUUUAUUGGAUUGGGAUCCCUACACCAGUCUCGUACAUUACUGAUACUAAAGAUACAGUCAAAUUUUGGUCUGACAGAGUUUUAAAAGAAUACAAGACCAAAGACCAAGUGCAUGUUGAAUGGGUAAAACAAACAUUAUCUGUUUUUGACGAAUUGAAGAAUUAUGUUAAAGAAUAUCACACAACUGGUGUUGCUUGGAACCCCAAAGGAAAGCCUUUUGCAGAAGUUGUAUCUCAGCAAACAGAGAGUGCUGCUAAGAAUUCUUCGUCUGCUUCUGGUUCUGCAGGAGGAGCAGCUCCACCACCACCUCCACCUCCACCUCCAGCAACGUUUUUUGAUGACACUGAAAAAGACAGUGAAAAUCCAUCUCCAGCUUCAGGUGGUAUUAAUGCGGUUUUUGCUGAAUUGAAUCAAGGUGCCAACAUCACAUCUGGUUUAAAAAAAGUCGACAAAUCUGAGAUGACGCAUAAGAACCCUGAAUUAAGAAAACAGCCACCAGUUGCACCAAAAAAACCAGCACCCCCAAAGAAGCCAUCUAGUUUAUCCGGUGGUGUGAGUUCAGCUCCAGUAAAGAAGCCUGCUAAGAAGGAGUUGAUUGACGGUACAAAAUGGAUAAUUCAAAAUUUUACAAAAGCUGAUAUUUCCGAUUUGAGUCCAAUUACCAUUGAAGUUGAGAUGCAUCAAUCUGUUUUCAUUGGUAAUUGUAGUGAUGUCACCAUUCAGUUGAAAGGUAAAGCAAAUGCAGUGUCGGUAUCGGAAACCAAGAAUGUGGCUCUUGUCAUUGAUUCGUUGAUUUCCGGAGUCGAUGUUAUUAAAUCCUACAAGUUUGGUAUACAAGUUUUAGGUUUGGUACCAAUGUUGAGUAUUGAUAAAUCAGAUGAAGGGACUAUCUAUUUGUCGCAAGAAAGCAUUGACAAUGAUAGUCAGGUUUUUACUAGUAGCACUACAGCACUCAACAUCAAUGCACCAAAGGAAAAUGAUGAUUAUGAAGAAUUGGCUGUUCCUGAACAAUUUGUUAGUAAGGUUGUGAAUGGCAAAUUAGUCACUCAAAUUGUUGAACAUGCUGGAUAA